CUUGAAUAAACUUAUUUUUCGUAAGGGCACCUCAGUUCUACAUUAAGUUUAUCUAAAAUAAAUCGAAUGAAAUUAGGUCUUUUGCAUUUUUAAAGAGUUUGAUGAAUCUCAGUUUACAGGUAUAAAGUGCAUUCAAUAAUCAUGACCAUGAGUUGCAUAACAGUUAAAAAGACAUAAAUUUAACAAAUAUUAUAUACAUUUUUUAUUUUUGGAUAUUACAAAUUAGAAAUAUAAUUAUUAAACUUUAAUAUAUAGUAUCUACAUCUAUAUAUUUUUAUAUUUGUCUUAAAGAAAACCUAUUAUAUAAUAAUUAUAUAAUAACAUUCAUUUAUUUAUUUAUUUUUGAGGAUUAGUUGAAAACUUUGAUAUAAUGUGAUAUAUGCAAAACGAUGUAUAAUAUUAUGUACUUAUCUUUCAGAUGCCUAUGCAACAAAAUCACAAUUCGAAUGAUUUAGAUGAACCACUCCGGAUUAUUUUAGUUGGAAUGACAGGAGCAGGAAGAAGUGCAACAGGAAACACCAUCCUGGGAAAAAAAGUGUUUAAUUCAGAGAUAUCCUCCUCCUCUGUGACUAAACGAUGUGAAAAAAAUAAUGCAACGGUAAAUGGAAGAAAUGUAUUAGUUAUUGACUCUCCAGGUCUGUUUGAUACCAGUGUAACUAAAGAUGAGGUGCUCGACAGAAUUAAACCCUGCAUCCUGCUCUCUGCUCCUGGUCCACAUGUCUUCUUGGUUGUGAUUCAACUUGGCAGAUUCACUGAUGAAGAAGUUGAAGCUGUUAGGGUCAUUCAAAACAUUUUUGGUGAGGAAUCCUCCACAUACACCAUGGCACUGUUCACUCAUGGAGAUCGACUGGAGGGCAAAAACAUUCACAGAUUUGUGCGUAACAGCCCCAAACUGCUGAGUUUCAUCAAAACAUGCAGUGGACGAUUCCAUGUGUUUAACAAUAAAGAACAAAACCCUGAACAGGUCAAUCAGUUGCUCGACCAGAUUGACAAAGUAGUCACUGGGAAUGGUGGGCAACACUACACAAAUGAGAUGCUUGAGAGAGAGAAAGCGAUAGAAGCAGAAAAAAACAAUAUCCUGAAAGAGAAAGAGGAACAGAGACAGAAGGACACAGAGGCUCUGAGGUUAACAACUGAAGGCGAAGCUUUUGAAAAGGCAAAAGAAAAACUAGACAGUGAAUAUGAACAGCAGGCACGAUGGCAAGCCGAGAAAAAUGUUCCUAUUCAAAAUGUUGGGUUUUCUUUUCUUAAUGAUAUAAUAACUUUUUUUUUUCAAAAGAAACAUAGGUAGAAUCACAUGCACUAAACUCCCUGCUAAACUACAAUUUAAAUACAUCAUAUAUGCAUCACUAAGCAACAAAGACACAAUGGAGAUAUAGAAACUUGGCAAAAAUGUUACUGGCAUUUUCUAUAUUAUAAUCUACUCUUUUCUCAAGAAACACUUUCUACUUUUUUUCUGUUUUGUCU